AACACCUUAGUCACUCACUAUCCUCAGACGUAGAGACUGAAUCUGCAAUCAGGUACUCGGCAGGGCCUCAUAGAGGGGGGAUGCUGCACGUCAUACUCGAGGAAUGGUAACAUUGUUGGUCGGGGAGAGGACGAGGUCGUAGACUAUAAAUCGAACCAAAGAGCCUGCAAACUGAUCUGCCGGCUUCAACCCCAAUAGUGCGACGCCGCCCUCAUACCCAUCUUCGAUCCCGAGUAUCACAUAUCUUGUCUUGCACGAUGGGCUCGUGGGCAUCGGAGGGCCUUGCCCACGCGUUGCAACGCCAGGUGGAGCUGUCUGAGGCCACUGUAGCCAUUCGGAGUGGCGACCACGCGUUGACCUUCAAAGAACUACACAACCGGGCGCUUCAUCUGGCCGAGCAAAUCGAUCGAAAACGACUAGGCACCGAGUUUCCCGUCUCCAUUCUGGCUCCUCGGGGCAUCAAUCAUGUGCUUGCCCAGGUUGCCGUGAUCUAUGCGGGAGGAAGCUGUGUCCCCUUAGAUGUGAAGCAGCCUGACGACUAUCUGGACGGCCUGCUCGCCCAUCUCCACUGCAGCCUGGUCAUCACCGAUCCAGAGCACCAAGGCCGGCUCGUGGCAUACGAUCAUCUGGUGGCCGAUCAUGAGGCCAGUACGCCGCGGAUCCGCGCCGUGGAUGAUGAUGCUUGGAGGCCAUACCCCUCGGUCGAGGGGGCAUGCUCACACAUCUUCCACACCUCGGGGACCACGGGAAAGCCCAAGGCAGUCCAGGUCCUGGGGCAGGGCAUCCUCAAUUUAGCCUCCAGUGGGACGUAUUUAGCAGAACGAGGGCAGCGAUUUGCCCAUGUGGGCAAUGUCUCCUUCGAUGCUGCGCUGUUUGAGAUCUGGGUUUCGCUACUGAGUGGCUGCUCCCUGGUAGUCAUUCCCCAGGAGGUGGUGUUGGAGCCCGUGGCCUUCUCGGAUCGUCUUCGCUCGGAGAAGAUCGACGUGAUGCUUCUUACCCCGGCGUUGCUGACCUCCACCGCCAACGCCAUUCCCAAUGCCUUUGCCACUUUGCACACGCUCUAUACUGGUGGAGAGGCGAUCAACGUCCCGGCGGUGCGGACCAUCUUCGAAAAUGGUGCCCCGCAAAGACUGGUCAAUCUAUACGGCCCAACAGAGUGCACAGUGUACUGCCUCUGUCAUAAAGUGUCGGCCGCCGAUGUGGAGGACAACCACAUUCCCCUUGGUCACCCUAUUGACAACAUGGAUGCCUUCGUGGUCGAUGACGAUCUGAAUCCAGUCAAUCCGGGCGAGGUUGGGGAGCUGCUUGUGCGCGGGACUGGGGUUUCCCGGGGAUACUAUGGCGAGGAGGAGAAGACCGCAAAGGCCUUUGUGCGCGCUGCCCAUCUCGCCGGAUCAGAGAGCGCCAGCAGCCACUGCUACCGAACGGGAGACCUGGUGCGACGCAACGCAGCGGGCUCGUAUGAUUUCAUCGGCCGGAAGGACAACCAGGUCAAAAUCCGGGGCCAGCGAAUCGAGCUGGAGGCCGUGGAGCUCCUAUUGCUGGAAACCGGUCUUGUCCGCGCCGCCACUGUACUGAAGGUGCAACCGGAGGAUUCCACCCUACCAGCCCUGUUGCUGGCCUACGUGAUCCCCGCCUCGUCGACAGUGGAUGCCAACGCAAUCAUCCGGGAGUUCAUCCGGCGGACGCCACAUAUGGUGCCGCGAAUCGAGUUUCUCGAGGAAUUUCCCCUGCGUCUCACGGGCAAGGUCGAUCGUAAGUUAUUGGAACAUCAAUACCUCGACAAGAUGCGUAAGGCUCGCCGCAGCCUCGUAUCUUCCGGCAAGAAAGGCCCUCGCGGCCAAUCUUUUCCUGCCCUGCUGGAGUACUUGGAGGUGCUCUGGCGUGAGAUCUUAUGUCUGCCCGUCGACCGAUUGCACAACUCGGACGAUUUCUUCCACAUCGGCGGAACCUCGUUGCAGGCCGCCACCUUGGUCGCUCGGGUGCGACAGGCACUUGCCGUGGAGUUGCCAUCUGCCGCGCUAUAUGAGCAUUCCACGCUCGAGGGCCUAGCCCGCCUGGUGCAGAGUCUCCAAGCUGGGACGGUGCAUGAUGCCCACCGGCAGACCGAGGAGGUCUGGCGGGAAGACUGUGAGUUGGGCAAGGAUGUCACGCCCCUCCCCGGUGCCCUCCCCGACUGGAAAAGCCCGGACGAGGGCCGAGUGUUCUUGACGGGGGCCACAGGAUUCGUCGGGGCGUUUUUGCUGUAUGAACUUCUCCAGAUGCCGGCCGUCCGCAGGGUCGCCUGUCUGAUCCGGGCCAAGGAUGUGGUGACGGGCAUGGCUCGGCUGCGACAGAAUCUUGCAAAAUAUCAGAUUCGCCUUGAGCCGGGAAUGGAGGACAGGAUUUUCAUCGUGCCAGGGGACUUUGGGCAGCCCAAUAUUGGGUUGGACCCGUACCUGUACGAGCUCCUGGCGGCCUGGUCGAGUGUGGUCUUCCACUUGGGAGCCCACGUCAACUACGUGCAACCGUACUCCAGCCACCGCGCAGCCAAUGUGCACGGCACGCUCCGCAUGAUCGAGUUCGCCAAUUCGCAGCGGCCCAAGAUGCUCCAUUAUUCCUCCAGCAUUGCCGCCUACGGCCCGUCGGGUUUCGUGCUCGGGGCGCGGGCAAUCCCAGAGGAUGCGCGCCCGCGGGAGUACAUGCGCGCUCUGGAAUAUGACACGGGGUACUCGCAGAGCCAGAUGGUGGCCGAGACGGUCAUCUGGAAUGCCAUUGACAACGGGCUCCCUGUCGCCAUCUACCGGCCUGGCUUCGUGCUGGGGCACACGCAGAGCGGAAUCAGCAAUCCAGACGACUUCGCUGGACGACUCUUCAAGAGUUGUCUCGAGAUGGGCUGCUAUCCCAUCCUUCCCGCCCAGCGCAAGGAAUUUAUUCCCGUCGAUUUCGUUGUGGGCGCCUUGCUGCAUAUCGCUGCCUCUCCAGCAAAGCUCCGCAAGGCUUACAAUCUCAUCCAGCCUCGACACGAGGCAGCUAUCGACAUGGUCACAACCUUCAAGAUCCUCAACGAUCUAUCACCCACCCCAAUGCAGGGGAUGCCGUAUGCCGACUGGGUCCGACGCUUCUCGCUGGAGCUGCGAGACCCGUUACAUCCCCUGAUCCCCAUGCUACAGGAGAAGGUCCUCGGGGACCUGACACGGUGGGAGAUCCAGGAGCACAUGGCUGUUUACGGCACGGACAAUCUCCGGCAGGCGCUCGCCGAUGCUCCGGGGCUGUUAUACUGUGAGCCGAUGUCGGCGCUGUUUAAGCGGUAUGUCACGCAGUGGAUGCCGUCCCAGUUACCGCAGAAAUAAUCUUCAAUCUCCCGGUGGGUACGAGACCUCUAUAAUGUCCCUAAUCUUUCUGUAUUAUUCCCUCGAAAGCGAAAUUGAACCUUUUUCUUGCUCUUUGGCGUGUUUGGCAUAUAGGUGGUAGCAGACAGACACAUAAUGAGCUGCUAGGUCACAGAAAGGCUCUGUCAGCUGGCGCCAGUCGGGAAGGUCUUGUCCUCCUGCGAUGGUCGUGGUACCAGGAGAUAGAUAAAUAAAUAGAUUGUGAGGUCUUUCGCUUGUUCCGCCAUCUCCACCUUGUAAUCAAGGCCCGGUCAGAUGGUUGUCGAUGACCUCUCCUGUCAUUUAGUAUCUCUCUUUAUGUUGGUCCAACUGUUGUGAGCCCUCCUGUUCCACUCAAGGCGAGUCCAGCUCAUUCGUAACGGUGUUUCAAGCACUUUGGGACGACUGUUCGGGUAUCGCGCUCCCAACCC